CAGAGUGCAGAGCAGGCGGGGCCAGGCCAGCAGGGAGUGAGCUUGUCUGGCCGCUUUGCCUCAGAGCCACUGCACUGCUGGCUGCAGACACAGGCUGCACCAUGAAGUCAGCCCUCCUGCCCUGGGCCCUGCUGCUGCUGGUGACAGCCCCCGGCCCGGGCCCCGGACCCACAGCAGAUGCCCAAGAGAGCUGCUCCAUGCGCUGUGGCACCCUGGACCGGCCGUGUUCCUGCCACCCGACGUGCUCCGGCCUUGGCACCUGCUGCUUGGAUUUCCGGGACUUCUGCCUGGAGAUCUUGCCCUACUCAGGCUCCAUGAUGGGCGGCAAGGACUUUGUGGUGCGGCACUUCAAGAUGUCCAGCCCCACAGACGCCAGUGUUAUCUGCAGGUUUAAGGACAGCAUCCAGACCCUCGGCCAUGUGGACUCCUCCGGGCAAGUGCACUGUGUGUCACCUCUGCUCUAUGAGAGCGGCCGCAUCCCCUUCACCAUCUCACUGGACAACGGCCACUCCUUCCCUCGAGCGGGCACCUGGCUGGCUGUGCACCCCAACAAAGUGUCGAUGAAGGAGAAGAGCGAGUUGGUGAACGAGACGCGUUGGCAAUACUACGGCACUGCCAACACCUCGGGCAACCUCAGCCUGACCUGGCAUGUCAAGUCGCUGCCCACGCAGACCGUCACCAUCGAGCUGUGGGGCUACGAGGAGACAGGAAUGCCCUACUCACAGGAGUGGACUGCAAAGUGGUCGCACCUGUACCCCUUGGCCACACACAUCCCUAACUGCGGCUCUUUCACCUUCACCCCAAAACCUGCUCUUUCCAGCUACCAGAGAUGGCGAGUGGGUGCACUUCAGAUCAUCCACAGCAAAAAUUACGCGGGGCAGAGGGACAUGCAGGCGCUCUGGACCAAUGACCACGCGCUGGCCUGGAACCUGAGCGAUGACUUCCGGGGCCCUGUGGCCUGGGCACCAACUCAGUGCCAGGCCUGGGAGGAGCUGGAGGAGCAGCUGCCCAACUUCCUGGAGGAGCUGCCGGACUGCCCCUGCACCCUGACCCAGGCCCGGGCUGACUCCGGCCGCUUCUCCAUGGACUACGGCUGUGACAUGGAGCAGGGCAGCGUGUGCACCUACCACCCCGGGGCCGUGCACUGUGUGCGCUCUGUGCAGGCCAGCCCCCGGUAUGGCUCAGGUCAGCAGUGCUGCUACACAGCGGACGGGACACAGCUCCUGACGGCUGACUUCAGCAGCGGCAGCACUCCCGACCGUGGCCAUGACUGGGGCGCACCCCCGUUCCGCACGCCACCCCGAGUGCCCGGCCUGUCCCACUGGCUCUACGAUGUCCUCAGCUUCUAUUACUGCUGCCUCUGGGCACCCGACUGCCCUGCUACAUGGCAACGGCGGCCCUCCAGUGACUGCCUCAACUACUGGCCCCCGCGACUGGCCUCCGCCUUUGGAGACCCACACUUUGUGACCUUCGACGGCAUCAACUUCACAUUCAAUGGGCGCAGAGAGUACGUGCUGCUGGAGGCAGCACUGACCGACCUGAGGGUGCAGGCAUGGGCCAAGCCCAGGACGAUGUCCAAUGGCACAGAGACCCGCGGCACUGGGCUGACCGCAGUGGCUGUGCAGGAGGGCAACUCAGAUGUGGUGGAGGUCAGGCUGGCCAACAGGACCAGAGGUCUGGAGGUGCUGCUGAACCAGGAGGUGCUGAGCUUCGCUGAGCAGAGCUGGAUGGACCUGAAGGGAAUGUUCCUGUCGGUGGCUGCCGGGGACAGGGUCUCCAUCAUGCUGGUAUCAGGGGCUGGCCUGGAUGUCAGCGUGCAGGGCCCGUUCCUGAGUGUGUCCGUCCUGCUGCCUGAGAAUUUCCUCACCCACACCCACAGCCUCCUCGGGACACUGAACAACGACCCCACUGACGACUUCACCCUGCGCCUGGGCACCCUGCCCCUGGGCACCAGUCCCCAGGAGCUGUUCCUGUUUGGGGCCGACUGGGCCGUGCACAAUGCAUCCUCCCUGCUCACCUACGACUCCUGGUUCCUGGUCCACAACUUCCUGUACCAACCCAAGCAUGACCCCACCUUCGAACCCCUCUUCCCUGGUGAGACCAUCCUCAACCCCAGCCAGGCACAAGAGGCAGCCAAACUAUGUGGGGACGAUCAUUUCUGCAACUUUGAUGUGGCAGCCACCGGGAGCCUGAGCACGGGCAAUGCCACUCGGGUGGCCCACCAGCUGCACCAGCGACGCAUGUGGAGCCUGCAGCCAGUGGUGUCCUGUGGCUGGCUGGCCCCACCUCCCAACGGACAAAAGGAGGGCAACAGGUACCUGGCGGGUUCCACCAUCUAUUUCCACUGUGACAAUGGCUACAGCCUGGCCGGGGCAGAGACCAGCACCUGCCAGGCUGACGGCACCUGGUCCUCACCCACCCCGAAGUGCCAGCCAGGACGCAGCUACGCGGUGCUGUUGGGCAUCAUCUUUGGGGGCCUCGCGGUGGUGGCGGCGGUUGCACUCGUCUAUGUGCUGCUGAGCCGCAGGAAGGGCAACAUAGACUGGAUUUUGCCAUGUUGCCGUCAAAUUCAUGUUGGUCUCAAAUUCCUGAGCUCAAGUGACCCACCCACCUCAGCCUCCCAAAUUGCUGGAAUUACGGGUGUGAGGCACUGCACCUGGCCAAGUUCAUCAUUUAUAAUGCCACACAUGUUGCUGCCUCUCCUGCCACACAGGAUGUUUCCCCUGAGACCCCAGUACCAUGGAUGGGAGGAUCAGCACAGCCUGGGCCCUGGACCCUGAGAGAUGAGUGUGGUGUCUGCUUUGCAUGGUGCAAAGGGACGUGCUUUAGUCCAUUCCAGAAAUAUUAGGAAAAGACCAGGACAAAGCAGCAGUGAGACAGGCAUGAGGAAGUCAAGGUGAAACCAUGGAACGCCACUAUGGUGAAGCAGAGGACAGAGAACAGGAGCGGUGGAGGCGUCCCCAGGGGUAACACCAGGUUUUGUCCACUGAGGUACAAAUUUACUUGUUCAGGUCACCUUAGUCCCCUGGAUCUCCAUGAAGUGAAAAAUCACUGAAGUUUUUGUGCUUUCUGACAUUCUGGGCCUCUCUUCCUUCAUCUUCCCUUGCUGCCCCAGCUUGAAGAGGGUCUGCAAUGCCACAUUCACCGAGGAGCUCUGAGGUGGUGUGGUCCUCCCUGCAUGGACAUUUUCCAUCAGAGGCUCAGACUUGAUUCUCCUUCUGAGGUAGAUCAAGUGCUGAGCGCCUCUUCUCAAAUGCAGCUCACUCCUCGGCUCACUGAAUGAGAAACUGUUAUCUAUAUGUGUUUCUCUCAUUUCCACCCAGUGACCGUCUUGUUAAAACAAUACAUAUCUCCUUUGUUUAAGGGGCAGCGGUGGCCGCAGGUGCUCCUCAUGCUUGAAGGAAUGGGAGGGGAGUGUCCACAUUGGGCUUCACCUCUGAUCAAGACUGAAGAGAACGACAAAGAUAAUAAGGAGGAUCACAUUCCUCAUGUGGAGGAAUUCUACUUUAAAAUGUCAAUGAGUGAAGAGGCCCUUGUCUUUUGAUAAAUUUAUAGUCAAAGAUUUAACCGUUGUUCAUUUUCAUUACAGCAACAAUGAGGAUGUGAUUUUUAGACACACGUGCACACAACUUUCAUAUCAUUGCAGUUUUGAAAUUAAAAUAACAACACAGACUGGAAGUUAAACCACUUAUAUUUCCACCGCUAUUCUAGCAAGUGCAGAAGAAAUCCAGGCCGUUUUGGAAUUAUGACAUGUGUUCGAUAGCACCUUUAUUCUUGUAUAUGUUCAGAAGUGACAUGAAGAAUGGAUUCUGUGUGAUCCAGGACCUGUUGUUGCAAGACCUUUCCUGAAUUCUUUGAAACAAAAGUCAGCACUGUGGUCACUGAGUUUCCAAAGCUACCCACAGAGAUGAACUUUGCUGCAGAAUUAAUUUUACCAUAGAAACAUGCUGUAUUUCUCUGUUUCAUGUUUUCAAGUACUUCAAAGGGUCUGGACUUCUGAGAAAUUCAACAUAUUCCCCUCACCAGUUUGGCAGUGACAAUUUCAACCAAUAAAGCUUCCACCAACAUAAGGGGGUUCCUCCUGCCCCCAGAAUGGCUCAGCUGGUCCAUGCUACCAAAAGCUGAUAAUCAAGAGAAGCCAUUUUCCUCACUGGGUAUCACCUGCAAAUGCAAACACCACAAAGUCACAUGGUCUUGACACGAAAUGGCCUUUAUUGAGGGAAAAUUACAAGAAUGGCUCAGCAAGAGCCACAGCUUUUCCACCUCUCAUGCGCCUCACAAGGAGCAAAGUGAGCGUGGCUGGGGGCGGUGGGAUGGAUGUGGAUAAAGAGCCAUCCCUGGGAGCUGGUCAGAGGAGCAGCUGGCUUGGUGCCUGCUGGGUCCAAGUGUUCACACUGCACGCCCUGCAUGUCCACAUGCCUGACCCUAUUGACAACCCUGCACGUCAAGGCCUCUUAACUUCCUUGGUGGAAACACUACACUCAUGGUGUCACACACAGAUGCUGGGAAUUGUGUUUGUCCACACGACUCUGGAGAGGACGCUUGGAAGCAUGCUCCUGAUUUCUCCUGGACUCCUCAUCUGUGCCUUUCUUUUUGCUGAUGUUUAACAUGCACAAUCACACUAUAAUAAAGCAACAAACCACAACUAGGAGAACAGCUUUUAUGAGUUCUGUGAGUCCUGAGGUUUGUCAUGGAGCCUGUGGAUGGUCUU